UAUUUUUUGGGUUUUUUCAACUAAACCCUACCAUUCCAUCUCGAAGUUUCUAAACCAGUUUCGAUUUUAUUUUUUAAAAUUUUCUUUUUUUCAAUUAAACCCAACUAUUCAAUCUCGAAAGUUGUUUUUGUUUCUUCAAUUAAACUGAACUAUUCAACCUCAAAGUAUCUGAACCCAGUUUCGGUUCGUUUCUCUUCUUGUCAAAACUCAGCUUCCUGGCGAAACAGGAGAAGAAAAUAAAAUUUUCCGCCGAAGCACUCGAGAGAAUGGUGUUCGGGCAAGUGGUGAUUGGUCCACCUGGUUCAGGAAAAACCACCUAUUGUAAUGGCAUGUCUCAGUUUCUCAGCCUUAUUGGCAGGAAGGUUGCUGUUAUUAAUUUGGAUCCUGCUAAUGAUGCGUUGCCUUAUGAGUGUGCUGUGAAUAUUGAGGAUCUCAUAAAACUAAGUGAUGUAAUGAUGGAGCACUCACUUGGUCCCAAUGGAGGUCUUGUGUACUGUAUGGACUAUUUAGAGAAGAAUAUUGACUGGUUGCAAUCUAAAUUAGAACCUCUUCUAAAAGAUCACUAUUUUCUCUUUGAUUUUCCUGGUCAAGUUGAACUAUUUUUCCUUCAUUCCAGUGCCAAAAGUGUUAUAAUGAGACUCAUAAAGAAAUUGGACCUCAGGUUGACUGCAGUGCAUCUAGUUGAUGCCCAUCUUUGCAGUGACCCUGGGAAGUAUGUUAGUGCAUUGCUUUUGUCGCUAUCUACCAUGCUACAUAUGGAACUCCCUCAUAUCAAUGUGUUGUCUAAGAUUGAUCUAAUUGAGAACUAUGGAAAACUAGCUUUUAAUCUUGAUUUCUAUACGGAUGUGCAAGAUUUAUCAUAUCUACAAUACCAUCUUGAUCAAGACCCUCGUUCUGCUAAGUACAGAAAGCUCACAAAGGAGCUGUGUGAUGUAAUAGAAGAUUAUAGUUUGGUCAAUUUUACAACCUUAGAUAUUCAGGAUAAAGAGAGUGUAGGGAAUCUCGUGAAGCAGAUAGACAAGAGCAAUGGGUAUAUCUUUGCUGGCAUAGAUGCUAGUGCAGUUGAAUUUAGCAAGAUUGCAAUUCGUGAUGUUGAUUGGGAGUAUUACAAAGCUGCUGCUGUGCAGGAGAAGUACAUUAAGGAUGAUGACAACUUAGAUUCUAAGGAGUCAUGAACUCAAUUUCGCUGAAGAAUGGAGCUUUAAAGUUGGGCUUCUGAUUGUAACCUGCUCUUCGUAGGAGUUGUAAAGUUGUAUCAACUAUUAACUUUUGUUGGUUAGCAAGAGCAAGUUAAACAGUCCUACAUGUUAAAUCUUGAAAAUGUGUGUAUUUAUGAUUUUGUAUCAGCAAAAGUAAAAGAAAAUCUUGAAGAUUACCGACACCAGGCCCAAUUUAUAGACCUGCAGUAGUGAAGGCCCGUUAUCCUAUGGAUCUCAAACCAUAGCCCCCUCACCUGAUAGACCACCGACCACUGCUUCAGCCUCUUCAAGGUCCGCAGACUACAGGACUUGCUAUAACAAGAUCCGACUUGGGAUGUUGAGGUUUCAAUUCAUUGACAUCCCA